AUGCUGGCCAGCAAGGCCGGGUGGAAUCUGGGCGUGUUCGGGUGGUACCAGUUCGGGCUGUUGCUCAGCCAGAGAUUGCAAGCUGAGCAUCAAGAGACAGCUCGUUACGCCGUAGUGAUGCCCAAUGUUACAGCAGAAAGACGAGCCAGACUGGAGCUGUAG